AUGCUUCGGCUCCGCGCUCCACGCCCCGCGAUCUUCGCGUUGCUAGCCGUCGCUGUCUUGGCGGCGACGGUGGCGGCGCAAAGCAGCGGCUCCGGCUCCAGCGCCUCGUGCCUCAUCUCGCAGUACCUCGACUCGGUCACGGGCGAGUGCGUCGACUACAAGAACCAGGGCGAGAAGGCCGGCACGGACUACGACCAACCCAUCGACUCGGUCAACACGGCGUGGAUGAUGAUGGCCAGCGCGCUCGUGAUGAUCAUGACUCCGGGGGUCGCCUUCUUCUACGCGAGUCUGGCGGGCGAGGAGAUGGCGUCCAACACCAUCAUGAUGUCCUUCGUGAGCAUGGCUAUGGUGACCAUCCAGUUCUGGGUCUUCGGGUACUCGGCCGCCUUCGGGUCGCACGGAAUCUUCGGCUGGGCCGGGUACAACCACGUGGGCGCGACGCCCAGCGCCACGUACGGCUCGGGCAUCCCGCACAUCGUGUACGCCUUCUUCCAGACGCAGUUCGCCGCCAUCACGCCGGCCGAGCUGAGCGGCGGCAUCGUCGGCCGGAUGAAGUUCGGCACGUACCUCAUCUUCAUCUUCCUGUGGACCUCCAUCGUCUACGAGCCGCUGGUCUACUGGAUCUGGUCGCAGAAGCUGGACGACACGUGGAACAUCACGCCCCGGGGCUGGGAGGGCAGCAUGGGAGCACUCGACUUCGCCCUGAUGGUGGGGAAGCGCUACAACCACGGCGAGCCUGUGAAGCCGCACAACGUGCCGCUGGUCAUGAUUGGGUGCACGUUCCUUUGGUUCGGGUGGUUCGGAUUCAACGGCGGGUCUGGCGGUGGCAUCUCGCGUAAGCUCGACCCAUGUGGAGCUGCGAGUGGAGCUGUGGCCGGCAUGGCAACGAUCACCCCCGGCUCUGGCUACGUCCUGCCGUGGGCGUCGCUGAUCUUCGGCGUGGUUGGAGCCAUCACGGGCUUCUUCGCGGUGAAGCUCAAGAACAAACUGCGCUACGACGACACGCUGGAUGUGUUUGCCAUCCACGGCUGCGGCGGCUUCAUGGGAGGUCUGCUGACCGGACUCUUUGCCACUUCUGAGGUGAACCCGAGCAUUAAGGGCGGCGCGUUCUACGGGCAUGGCAUGCAGUUUGUGUACCAGCUCAUAGCCAAUGCAGUCGCCGCCGCGUACGUGUUCUUCGCGACGUUGGCGAUCCUGGUGGUGCUCAAGUACACCAUUGGUCUUCGUAUCAAUGAAGAGAAGGAGGUGAAUGGCAUCGACAUCUCGUACCACGGCGGUCUCGCGUACGACUACAGCCACCACGGCGACUACAGCGAGCACGGCCCCAAGACUGUGCAGUUCAAGCCACCUGAGACGUCGUUCGAGGCGGCCUUCAUGAAGUCGGACGCGGCCGAGCAGGUCUAA